AUGGCAGAACCAUCAACCACUGUUUCCUAUCACAACCCAUUUGAUCAUUACCUUUCCAGCAUUGAAGAGAUCCUAAUGUCAGAUGAAAAUCCGAGUUUCGAUCUCUCCGAGUUACCUUCUUUCCCGGAAAAGAAUUCCUGUGACAUAUUAAUCUCUCAAUCCGGUGAUGAUAAUAUUUCAGACCCGGACGAUCCCCUUGUGGAUCCAUUUGUUUGGGAUGUUUUGAAUGACUCCGAUGUUAACAGCUCUCAGGCAGGGCCUUCUGAAAUUCAUGGCGAAAGAAUUGGCCAUGACAGAGAAAAUAGUAAUCCAGAAAAUUUGGGUAUUGGAAAUCCGGUGCCAUUGUCUAUUUGGCCUGUGUCACCAGUUCCAUAUGCUUGCAGUUGCUGUCAAGUACUAAGAGAAAUAACCCAUACUAAUG